AUGGGGCAGAGCGUCGUGCCCUCGAUCGGUGGCAGGUUCUGGGCCCGAGCAGAAUCACACUGGUGCUACCAGAAUCAAGUCAAGCCUUCCAACUGCACCUGCCUGGGGCCAGACCUGUGGGGCGAUAGCUGUCAGAUGGACCACCAGUCCCCUAUCAACAUCGCCACUGCCAAGACGGAGGUGGACCUAAACCUGAGGCCCUUCUCCUUCUCUGGCUAUGACAAGAAGCAAAAGUGGACUGUCCAAAACAAUGGGCACACAGUGAUGGUGUUGCUGGGGGACGAGGCCACAAUUGCUGAAGGAGGACUGGCCGCCCGGUACCGGGCGAAGCAGCUGCACCUGCACUGGUCCGAGGUGCUGGACUGGGGCUCAGAGCACAGCUUGGAUGGGGAUCGGUUUGCCAUGGAGAUGCACAUAGUGCAUGAGAAGGAGACGGGGACAUCAAGGAAUGCAAAAGCCCAGGACUCCAAAGAUGAGAUUGCAGUGCUGGCCUUCAUGGUGGAGGCUGGAGCCAGGAAUGAGAACUUCCAACCCCUGGUGGACGUACUGUCCAACAUCUCCAGACCCAAUACCAACACCACGAUGAGAAACAGCAUCAGCCUCCUAGAGCUGCUCCCCAAACAGGAGAAACUGAGGCGGUACUUCCGCUACCUGGGCUCGCUCACCACGCCCGGCUGUGACGAGACGGUGGUCUGGACGGUGUUCCAGGAGCCCAUCCAGCUCGACAAGGACCAGAUCCUUGCAUUCUCCAACAACCUGUACUAUGACGACAAUCAGAAAAUGACCGACAACAUCAGGCCCCUGCAGCCCCGGGGGCAGCGCGUGGUUUACCGGUCCCAGGCCCCCGGGCGGCUGCUGCCCUGGUCGCUGCCCGCCCUGCUGGCCCCCACGCUCACCUGCCUGACGGCGGGCUUCCUCCGAUGAUGGCUCACUUCUGGACACUUGACCUCUGGUCUCGGCCCUUAAGUGAUCUUUGGCUUGUGUUCCUCAGGCUUCCCAGGUUGGACUUGGAUGGUGAUUAAAAUAUGGAUAUAUUUUUGGAGAAAUCUUCCUCAAGUCUGUUUAUAGUUCCCGCUGCUACUGCUGCUGUUCCCCUCAACCCACCCGGUCGGUGCCAGGGUAGGGGCCGUAGGGCCUGGAGAUUUCUUCUGAGCAGGGACCACCAGGCCCCCCUCCAACCCUUGUGAAUUCCCUGUUGACCCCUGACUUGGGAAGAUUCAGAAGGGACCUCAAAGCUCCAACACAGUGAAAGCUGGAGAAGUUCCAGGCCAUCCUCUCCAUUAUAAAACGGGGGAGGGAAGCUGAGGCCCAGAAAGGAGAAGAGGCUGGACAGAGGCCACACGGAGAGGCCAUGGCCGAGCCACCUGAGACCAGCCAGCGCUUUCUGCUCUGCGUGAGGACGAUGAGUGGAGGGUGUGGGUCCUGUGAGGGUGUAGCCUAGGUGGGGUGGGUGAUGGGGGACCAUUUAUUUGCCUCAAGGGAUUUCUUGAGCAUCUAUGUUCUAGGCACUGGGGAUAAGACAGACAAAAAUGCCUGUCCUCCUGGAGUUCACAGUCUCACGGGAGACACUAUAAAUAAAACAGACACAUUAUA